CUUUAGGGUUGUUAGAAAGAUAAAAAUUAUAGGAAAUUCCAGUGCUAUAGGAAUGGUUUUCUUAAUAUUUCAGUUAUUAUUAAAUCUUUCUUCAGCUAUUCUGCUGCCAGAUUUAUCUUCCAGCAAAGUUCUUCAUGUCCUUAUAAUUUUUUGGUAAAUCUUACUUCAUUCUUGGGCAGUACCUGAAUCUGAAUAUUUUGUGGUUUUGGAUUUCUGGAAACUGUUACUUGAAUUAUUGAUUUGGAUUCUGUUGAGUCCAUCAAUAACUUCUUGAGUCAUCUUGUUAAGUUGUUCCUCCACUACCUUGUGGCCGUAUCGUUGUUGGAUCUUCGAGUAACCCCAUUCUGGAUCACGGAUACUAAUAUGUUUCAUUUUCUGUCAUUUGUUGCUGAAACAUAGAAAUAGCUUAAAUUGCCAAUCAAGCAGGAGAAUCUUUAAAUGAUUUCACUAGUACGAUUGAGACUUCUUUUUGUUUCAGUCUUUUGGGUUUCUCAAGUUGAAGCAUUUCUCUGACCUUCUCUUCUGUCAGGCUUCUCAGCACCUUCAGUACCAGUUAGUGUACAAGAUAUUCGAACCUUAGUGAAAAUUGCUCUUCCAAAUUUUUUCUUUCUUCUCUAUAAUGACUAAAAUUUUUUGUGAUUAUACAAGUUAUCUCCUUGACAGUUAGUUUUAAGCAGGCUAAUCUUGAGCAUCUGCUCUUCAUCCAAUCUCUGUGAAGAGGCUU